UCGUUACGUCAACGUCAUUGCUAAUAUGUUUUGACAUUUUUCAUUUCAAUUUCGUCAUAUUGUUGAUUUAAAAUUAAAUUUCUGGUCACAAAUAUUCAAAGUAAGUUAUUAUCACUACAAAUAAUUGGUUUAUAAUGAUUGUAUAACUCACUUUACUGUUGAGAAAUGUUUUGAAUUAACUAGCCAAUUAAACAGUGUAUCAUCAAGAGUACCUUUAAUUAAAGCCAAUUGUAAAUAUGAAGAAAUUAACUGGAUCUUUCCGGUACACGCAAUGGGAUCCGUGGUUAAUAAUCUUUCAAAUAACUUCUGUACAAUGUAUUUUAUAUUUCACGUUGGGUUUGUGGUUAAUCGUGUUGGGUUCGUUGGUUGGGGAACCGAAGACUUUAGACAACAUUUUUCAAUAUCACGAAAUACAAAUCCGAGACUCCGGAGGGCAGAUCGUUAUAUGUAGUUUUGUUAUAAACGCUGCAGUCGGAGCUCUAGCGUUGUGGUACAUCGUAGAAAGAACAAAACAAUGCAUGGAUUUCAGUUGCACCUGGCACGUGAUCCACCUGGUAAUCUGCUGGUUCUACAACCAGCAGUUCCCGACCACCUUCUCCUGGUGGGCCCUGAACGUGGCCUGUGCAACGAUAAUGUGCGUGUGCGGCGAGGUGCUGUGUUUGAGGACAGAAUUGGCAGCGAUACCGGUCUCAUUGGGGCCGAAGACUGAUCUCUAGAUCGAGCACGAUAAGGGCCUGUGAUAUCUGGUAAACGUCUCGUUGGUUUAGAUAAGAUGUGAUAAUAAAAUAUUAACAUUAAGUUUUAAUUGUUCGAUUUAUAUGCUAAUAAAUUUUUUUUAUAUUUCAUAGUAACAUGCGAUUUAGGGGGUUUAAAAUGUAUUUCGUUUUAUUGAAAUAUGGAUGGUUUAUUUAGUAGUGAAAAAAUGACCGUCGGUUUUUUCUCCUUUUUUAAGUUUUCGGUAGUUUUCCAGUUCGUAGUUUUCCCAAUGUUUCACUUUUAAAUUUUGGAAAAUCCUGAAAUAAUUACAUAAAAUGAAAAUUAAUCAAUUUAGUAAUUUUUAACUUACUUUAACACUUCUUCAUACAGCUCCAUUUCUUUUUUAUUUAAACCAUUAAUCAACACAUCUAAAUUAUCAUGCACUAGGUUUGAUGUAUUCAUUCCUAUUAAAACAGUUUCCGGACCUUCCUGUUGUAAACUGUAGAAAAUCGCCAAUUUUCCCAGUUCUACAUUGUUUUCCUAAAAAUUCCCAGCUUCAAUAACCAUUUAAUUAUCUUAUAAUAAUUACCUUGCAUAUAUUUCUGGCUGCAGUACAAGCAUCUUUGAUUUCUUGGGGAGCCGGGUGCCAGUCUCUCGGUCCAAAAUUACUCAGCAAACCCAUCCCGUUUGCAGAGGCAUUAACUACACCUACAUUCUUCCCCUGGAAAAUAUUAAUUAUACAUUAAAUUAAACACUCCAUUAUUUAUAACUAACUUGCAAAUACGGCACGAACGCGCUCAAAGUAUUAUCAAUCAUGGUAAGCCUUGUAUAACUUAGUAUCAUGUUUAUUGUUACAUGGCUCUUUUCGAUGCAGUCGCGUAAAGUCGAAACUGGAUAACCGGUAAUUCCUAUGAAUUUUGCUUUACCGGCUUUAACUAUUUCUUGAACUGCUGGCAACGUUUCAUUGAGAAUGAUAUCCAAACUAGGGGAAAAUUCCACAUCGUGAAC